AUGGCGAGAUUCCCUUUUGGUCGGUUAGAAGAGACUGAAAUACGGAAGCCUUCGAAAGUACACUUGGUUUUCUUCAUAUUGUUUCUGCUGCUGCUUAUUCUGUCCGUAACCUUCAUUGCGCUGUAUUUUAAAGAGAAGACCAAAUCUACAGAUUCCUCUGAGAAGAUCAAAUCUACAGAUUCCUCUGAGAAGAUCAAAUCUACAGAUUCGACAUCUGAGACGACCAAACCCACGUAUUCGCCCUACACAUCUGAGAAAACCAAACCUACAAAUUCGCCAUCUGCUGAGACAUGUCUUUCUCCUGCUUGUGCCACCAGUGCAGGUAUGUUAUAG